AUGCGUCUUCUUUACUGGGAUGGUGAGGGCGAGCCCUAUCUAGUUGAAGCCCAUUCCAACAUUCCGCCCUAUGCCAUCCUUUCACACACCUGGGGAGAGGGCGAGGUCACAUUCAAGCACUAUCAAGAUGGCACGGCUGGAGAUCAGGCCGGUUACCGCAAAAUCCUCUUCUGUGCCGAGCAGGCGCGGCGGGACAACAUAUCCUAUUUUUGGAUAGACACUUGCUGCAUCGACAAGGCGAGCAGUGCCGAGCUAACCGAGAACAUCAACUGUAUGUACGAAUACUAUCAGAAUGCAGUUCACUGCUACGCCUAUCUCGCCGAUGUGACUUGCCCUGAUGUAAGUAAGAUCGGCAAAUGGCAAGAGGCAUUUCAAAUGAGCCGCUGGUUUACUCGCGGCUGGACGCUGCAGGAGCUGCUGGCACCAGCCAACGUCGAGUUCUUCUCUGAUACAGGAGUAUUACUUGGCGACAAAAAAUCGCUGGAUACAUUAAUCAGCAAGAUCACCCGCAUACCGGUGGAGGUGCUGCACAAGACCAAACCUCUGGCCGAAAUCGAGCCAAAUACAGUAUUUCGCUGGAUGGAAGGGCGCAACACGAUGCGCCCGGAAGACCAGUCUUAUGCGAUAGUCGGAAUCCUCGACGUGCACAUGGCGGUUAUAUAUGGCGAGGGGGGGGAGAACGCACGGAUAAGGCUCAAGGACACACUGGCCCGAGUCGCCGAGCGCUCGCGCGUGUAUUCGACAUUUGUGGGCGGCGUAAGCGGCGCCAGCUUCACGCUUCUGGCGCCGUUGGGCGAGAAUGUUCACGAGCUUCAUCUGUGGUCGUCCAAGAGUCACAUCCAAGCAGUCCGUGUUAAGUACACAAACGGAAAGGAGGAGCUGGCCGGACAGGCGUCUGGCAAUAGCAAGCACACUUGUUUCGUCUUCAACCAGAACGAACGCAUCAAACAACUCCUCCUGUGGGACAAUCAAGACAACCACCAUCUGGGUGGCAUCGGCUUUACGACUACGGACAACCGAAGCAUUGAGUUCGGCAAUGAUACAAUGGAAAAAGUGGAGUGGAAGAACAAGCUUUCUAAACGGCUCAUCGGCAUCAGCGGCUUGUCUGGACGUGACAUCAACCGCCUGGCAUUUGUGUUUUCGUGGUGA